AUGCAACGGUGACGCACCGAGCAGUAGGCUGCUUCAUUUCAAUAUUUAUUGGCACAGCAGUCGUCAGCAUCACAGUAAAAUUAACUUUCAGAUACCCAUCAAAAAUGGCAAAACGGAAGGUGGACACUGAGAACCGGGGGUUUCAAACAAGGUGGGAGUCGGAGUAUAUGUUCACGGAGGUAGCUGGAAAACCUGUGUGUCUUCUGUGUGGAGAAAGUGUGGCGGUACUGAAAGAGUAUAAUCUGAGACGACAUUAUGAAACGAAACACGCGGACAAAAACAAGAAUAUGGACAUGGAACAAAGGCUACAAAAGGCAGAGGAAUUAAAACGAGGCCUCAAAUCUCGACAGGCUCUGUUCAAAAAAGCCAAAUCACAAGGCCAGGCUGCUGUCAAGGCCAGUUUUAUUUUGGCAGAAGAGAUCGCUAAAUCAGCCCGGCCAUUUACGGAGGGGGAUUUCAUCAAAAACUGCAUGAUUAAAGUUUGUGACGAAGUUUGCCCAGAAAAAAGGCAACUCUUUUUAAAUGUGAGUCUGAGCAGAAACACCAUUGCCGAGAGAGUAGACCAGUUGUCCAUCAAUCUAAAAGAGCAGCUUGUGAAAAAGGGAAAAGAUUUCAUUGCAUAUUCCUUGGCUGUGGAUGAGAGCACCGACAUUUCUGACAUUGCCCAGUUGUCAAUUUUCAUCCGCGGAGUGGACUCCAGCCUAAGCGUGACAGAGGAGUUUUUGGCUUUACGUCCUAUGCAUGGCACAACUACGGGGCAUGAUUUGUAUGAAGAGGUGUCAAGAUGUGUAAAUGAGAUGGAGCUGCCUUGGGAAAAACUCGUGGGUUUGACAACCGACGGAGCACCUGCGAUGUGUGGACACAGGAGCGGACUGGUGGCGAAGAUACGGGAAAAGAUGCAAGAGGAAAACGCGACAGGUGAGCUGACAGCUUAUCAUUGUAUCAUACACCAGGAAGCGUUGUGCGGUAAAGCCUUGAAAAUGGAGCAUGUAAUGAGCAUCAUCACGCGCACAGUUAACUUUAUCAGAGCCAAAGGUUUGAAUCACCGCCAGUUCAAGGCAUUUCUGACGGAGUUAGAAACGGAGCAUGGUGAUUUGCCUUAUCACACAGAGGUGCGAUGGCUAAGCCAGGGAAAGGUGCUUCAAAGAUGUUUCGAGCUUCGUGAGGAGAUUUGUCUGUUCUUGGACAGCAAAGGGAAAGACACAACACAACUCCGAGACGAAAUGUUUCUGUGUGAAAUGGCUUUUCUGUGUGACAUUACGAGUCAUCUGAAUGCAAUGAACUUGCAGCUGCAGGGUCGGGAUCAUGUCAUCUCUGAUAUGUACAGUACAGUGAAGGCAUUUAAAACCAAACUGACUCUGUGGGAGACGCAGAUGCGGAAAGAAAAUUUGAGCCACUUUCCCAGCUGCCAGACCAUGAAAGAGAAGCUCUCUACCAGUGCGUUCCCAAGCGCACAGUUGGCUGAUAAAAUAGGUAUGCUUGCCGCUGACUUUCGACGCCGAUUUGCUGACUUUGAAGCACAAAAAAGCAGGUUGGAACUGCUCGGUAACCCAUUUGCUGUUGACGUGGAAAGCUCACCACCAAACCUCCAAAUGGAGUUGAUUGACCUCCAAUGCAAUGAUGCACUGAGGGCAAAAUAUGCGGCAGUGGGUGCUGCGGAGUUCGCCCGUUUCCUCCCCGACACAAUGCCCCAGCUGCGCAUCCAGGCUGCUCAAACGUUGUCUAUGUUUGGCAGCACAUACCUGUGUGAACAACUGUUUUCUUUGAUGAACCUGAACAAAACAUCACACAGAAGUCGACUUACUGCUGAACACCUCCACUCAAUUCUGAGGAUUUCCUCAGCUCAGAGCCUUACCCCGAACAUUGAUGAACUUGUGGAAAAGAUGGGACACCACCAAGUAUCACCCUCAACCUCAAACAAGUGA